UGUUAAUUUUUUUAGAGAGAGAGAUGUUAUGCAUCCUAAUUAUUAUUUUAGCGUCUGCAGCAAAUCAACAAUAACAUCUAUACUAAACUUAUUGGCGAACUACUACCGACAUGUAGGCUAAAUGUGUAAUAAAUUGAUUACAUUUACUUAUGUUAUGUUGUUCAGUUGUUAUAAUGUCACAUCCUGCAUUAAAUAGCUCCAACCCUCAACUGUUGCUAUGGUUACAGUCUCAAGCGGGGGAUUCUUUCAUUUAUAGUGCAAUGUUAUAUCGUUACUUUUCUAACUUAUAAUGUUUAUAUUUGUACAUUAACAACAUUUCAGUACAAGUCUGAGUGACAAAACGAUAUUUUUUUUACCGCAACGCAUAGGGCCCAGAUUAUUUUCGACACUGUACAUAUGCUUAUUAUAACGUUAAAUAUAUUCGACUAAAUGUUUUUAGCGUCUAGGUAGAAUCUUUCCUCUGACAGCACGUUGCUUUUAGAAAGCGCGUCAGUGUCCAAACUAGUCUAUUUGACCAGGUUUUGAGGCUCCGUCUUCUUAUGGCUAUAAUGUUACAGGAGAAACAUCUGUUGCUGUAUCCUCCUUGCUAUAGUUUGUGAGAUACCCGUCCGCCGCUAGGGUUUGCUACAGAGAUUUCCUCCCGCUUCGAGCGUCUCUGCCCUCCGCCAGCCUUCAUGCGGUCAGGAGAACCAGCCGUGUUCCGCCGUCAAAAUGCACGCUUCAAGGCUAGGAAAGUUUCAUUUAAAAUCUCGGACUAAGUGAAUGUCUGAAGAGUCGCGGUUGGGCUGAGAAACGCAACAGCAUGACGGCCAAGAGAACCGCUUUCCAGCCGUUGUCCAGCUCCCGCAUCCCAGCGGAGAGGAAGGGAGCGGCUGAGCGCGUUCCUAACCCGGAGUGCUGUGACUUUCCCCCGCAGGAGCCGGAGAAAGCAGCUGCGUCCGCCUCGGGGGUUCCCGCCGUGGGGGCUGUCGGGGGCUCGGGGCCGGUGGUGGACGAGUCAUCCGACAGCGAAGGAGAGCAGGAAGGGCCGCAGAAACUCAUCAGGAAAGUGUCAACCUCCGGGCAAAUACGAAGCAAGACAAGCGUGAAGGAAGGGCUUCUUCUGAAACAGACAAGCUCGUUCCAGCGUUGGAAAAAACGUUAUUUCAAGCUACGAGGACGGACGCUCUACUAUGCUAAGGAUGCCAAGGCGGGUGGCGUUUUGGCCCGCUGGCAGUAUCGGGUCUCUCGUAGCCGCGUGUGCUGGAGGGUGCUUUCCGUGUGCUGGACCGGUGCCCGCCGUCCGCCGCCCGCUCUUGGCGCCAGUGGAUCGGAGGAAGGCUUGGUGGCGAUUCGGUCUCUUAUUUUCGAUGAGGUGGACCUUUCAGAUGCCAGUGUUGCCGAAUCAAGUACAAAGAAUAUCAACAACAGUUUCACGGUAAUUACACCGUUUCGAAGGCUUAUCCUGUGCGCCGAGAACAGGAAAGAAAUGGAGGACUGGAUCAGCUCGCUGAAAUCGGUUCAGUCCAGAGAGCAUUACGAGACGGCACAGUUUAAUGUGGAACAUUUCUCAGGGAUGCACAACUGGUAUGCCUGCUCCCACGCUCGCCCCACCUUCUGUAACGUCUGUCGGGACAGCCUCUCAGGGGUCACUUCUCAUGGCCUCUCCUGUGAAGUGUGCAAAUUCAAAGCCCACAAAAGAUGUGCAGUCAGGGCCACUAACAACUGCAAAUGGACAACAUUGGCCUCCAUCGGGAAGGACAUUAUUGAAGACGAGGAUGGGAUUGCAAUGCCGCACCAAUGGCUGGAAGGCAACCUGCCGGUUAGUGCAAAGUGUGCUGUUUGCGACAAAACAUGUGGCAGCGUGCUGCGCUUGCAGGACUGGCGCUGUUUGUGGUGCAAGGCCAUGGUGCACACGGCAUGCAUGGAUCUCUACCCCCGCAAAUGUCCCCUCGGCCAGUGCAAAGUGUCCAUCAUCCCCCCCACUGCCCUUAACAGCAUCGACUCAGACGGUUUUUGGAAGGCCACGUGCCCUCCAUCAUGUGCAAGUCCGCUCCUCGUGUUUGUCAACUCAAAAAGUGGAGACAACCAAGGGGUAAAAUUCCUGCGUCGCUUCAAACAGCUGCUCAAUCCUGCUCAGGUCUUUGACCUGGUCAACGGUGGACCUCAUUUAGGGCUUCGCUUGUUCCAAAAGUUUGACAACUUCCGGAUCCUUGUGUGUGGUGGAGAUGGAAGCGUUGGCUGGGUGCUGUCUGAAAUCGAUAAACUAAAUCUUCAUAAACAGUGCCAGCUGGGUGUUCUGCCGUUGGGCACCGGGAAUGACCUAGCACGGGUGCUAGGUUGGGGGCCGUCAUGUGAUGAUGACACUCAGCUGCCUCAGAUACUGGAGAAGCUGGAGCGAGCUAGCACCAAAAUGCUGGACAGGUGGAGUAUAAUGACGUAUGAGAUUAAAAUACCUCCCAAACACAGCUGUCCUGCUACGCCUGAGGAGGCAGAGGACGGCCAGUUACAGAUAUCAGCUUAUGAGGAUUCAGUGGCUGCUCAUCUCACAAAGAUUCUGAACUCAGAUCAGCACUCAGUGGUCAUAUCUUCAUCAAAAGUAUUGUGUGAGACGGUGAAGGAAUUUGUGUCAAGAGUUGGAAAGUGUUACGAGAGAGGCAGCGACAGCUCAGAAGAAUCUGAUGCACUGGCUCUCAAAUGUGCAAUGCUGAAUGAGAAGCUGGAGUCACUCCUGCAGACGUUAAAUUUGGAGGCUCAGGUCCUGUCGCCCACAGCCCUUACCACACCACCCAUCGUGGAGGAGGAGGUGGAGGAGGAAGAGCUGGAGGAGGAAGACGAAGAUCUGAGCGAAGAGUCUCUAACAGAGUUGAAGGAGAACGAGACGGAGAAAGGAUCCGCUCAUAAACUCUUCAGACCCAGAGAGCAGCUGGUGCUGAGGGCCAACAGCCUGAAGAAAGCCCUCAGACAGAUCAUCGAGCAGGCUGAGAGAAUGGUGGAUGAACAGAACGCACACACAGAGGAGCAGGAGCUUCAGUCUCCUUCUGACUUCAGGAAGGACAGCGAAGAGGAAAACAAAGACAACGAGAAGGACGAGGACACUAAAGAACUCGAAACUCUGCCUUUGGCAAAGUCUCCAUGUUCUCCUCCAGAGAGACGCAUCAGUCGCAGCACACAGUCCUGCGGAUCCUUCUCCAUCACUCCCUUCACCACAAGCAAAGAGAACCUGCCCGUUCUCAACACCCGCAUCAUCUGUCCCGGUCUGCGGGCAGGUCUCGCUGCCUCCAUCGCUGGAAGCUCUAUAAUCAGUAAAAUGCUGCUGGCCAACAUUGAUCCGUUUGGUGCCACGCCAUUCAUAGAUCCUGACCUAGAUUCACUAGAGGGCUAUUUGGAGAAGUGUGUGAUGAAUAACUACUUUGGGAUCGGCUUGGAUGCAAAGAUCUCACUGGAGUUCAACAACAAGCGUGAGGAGCAUCCGGAGAAGUGCAGGAGUCGCACUAAAAACAUGAUGUGGUAUGGUGUUCUGGGGACAAAAGAGUUGCUGCAGAGGACUUAUAAGAACCUGGAACAGAAAGUUCAGCUGGAGUGUGAUGGCCAGUAUAUCCCACUCCCAAGUCUCCAAGGAAUUGCUGUGCUGAACAUCCCAAGCUAUGCUGGGGGAACCAACUUCUGGGGCGGCACCAAAGAGGAUGAUAUAUUUUGUGCCCCUUCAUUCGAUGAUAAAAUUUUGGAAGUGGUCGCUGUGUUUGGUAGUAUGCAGAUGGCUGUCUCAAGGGUGAUUAAACUGCAGCAUCACCGUAUUGCACAGUGUCGCACGGUGAAGAUCACAAUCCUGGGGGAUGAAGGAGUGCCUGUCCAGGUGGAUGGUGAAGCCUGGAUUCAACCUGCUGGAGUCAUCAAGAUUCAGCACAAGAACCGGGCCCAGAUGCUGACAAGAGACCGGGCGUUUGAAAACACGUUGAAGUCUUGGGAGGAUAAAUUGAAAUACGACAAGCCUCCGCUGCGGCCACAUCUGUACCCUCAGCAGUCUGUGGAUCUGGCCACAGAGGAGGAGGCCACGCUCAUCCAGAUGUGUGCCCGCGCUGCUGAGGAUCUCAUCACCAGGAUCUGUGAGGCUGCCAAAAACUACCAGCUCCUCGAGCAGGAGCUCGCCCACGCCGUCAACGCCUCCUCACAUGCCAUUAACAAAACACAUCCCAAGUUCCCAGAGAGCCUGACAAGAAACACUGCCAUUGAGGUGGCCAGCACCGUGAAGGCCCUGCACAAUGAGACAGAGUCUCUGUUAGUAGGACGCGUGCCAUUGCAACUGGACCCUCCGCAUGAAGAUCUGCUGUCCACUGCGCUGCAGAACGUUGAGGUUGAACUAGGCAAGCUGGUUGAGAUCCCUUGGCUCUACCACAUCUUACAGCCCAAUGAUGAGGAGGAUCCCUCCCUUGAGUAUGGAAAAAGAAACAGUCGGAGUGGCAUGUUCCGCAUAGUGCCAAAGUUCAAGAAAGAGAAAGUGCCCAAGAAGUCUAGCCCACAAUCAGACGAUGUCCAUGGACAUACGGAGGCAGUGACACGCAGCCUGUGUGAUGAAAUAGAGCGCCAUUCAGCAUUUCAGAGGUGGGGUACUGAGGAGGUGGCCAUCUGGCUGGAGCAGCUCAGCUUGGGAGAGUACAAAGACACCUUCAUCCGCCACGACAUCCGCGGCUCCGAGCUCCUGCACCUGGAGAGGAGAGACCUUAAGGAUCUGGGGAUCUCGAAGGUGGGCCAUAUGAAGAGAAUUCUCCAGGGAACUAAGGACUUGGCCAAGAGUUCGAUGGUGGACCUGUAAGACGUCAACACACAUUCCGUUCCUGAGCGAAGACGAGUUGAAGCCGAGCUCUGCUUUCGGGAAGCACUUUGGAGUUGUGGAAUAGCUUGUAGAAAAGGAAAAGGAGCUAGGAAUGUUGGUUUUAGAGCAAAAACGCUGGUGCCAAAACGACAAGGAUUGUGUCAGAGACCUUUUUUAGACCCAUAGGAAUACCAUUCCGGCACAAUCAGGUAUGCAAUUCUCAUCAUGCACGCGACCUCCGGCCUCUUUUACAAGAUUCAGAAUCAAGUAGCAGAACAGGACUUCCAAACAAACAGCGUUUUUAUUUUCUCGGUGAGCCGAGUGGCUCUUGUGGUAGAUGGCAACAAUAGGAGGGCGAUGUGAUGUGUCAGCAAUAUUCUGCUUUUGAAAGCACUGUUUACAUUUUAAGGAGACAGGAGAAAGAGUAUCGCAAGCGAAUAAUGCGUUGCGGUGCAGUCUAGGAUAGGUCAACAGGGGUUUCCUUGGACAGUGACAUACUGAUGCAUGGUAUGCUUGCUAUAUUUGGAUAGCUAUUUUACUGCAUGAUUUGCGUCUUGUUUAGUUUAUUUUUUUGUUUUUUUGAAAUUGUACAAACUAACACUUGAACAAGUUUUAUAUGAAUUUAGUAUAAUGCCGUUUGUUACUACUGAAGCAUCCCUUUGGUCCUAGUAGACUGCUGGUUUUAUUAUCCGAUUAACCGUCUGCAUGGAAACCUGGUGUCAAAAAGCAGUGUCACGUGCCAUAUUUUAUUGUCCCACAAGCUUUAUUAAUGUUUUAAAAUAGGACGUACAGUACAAUAGGUAAAUAUCUCUGAUAUAAGUACUAAAGUGAAUGUCCCCUGAAUUGUUUAUACACUACUUGACAAAAGUCUUGUCGCCUAUACGAGUUUUAGGAACAACGGUUAACUUCUAAAUCAACUUCUAGUUGAUCAUUUGGUAUCAGAAGUGGCUUAUAUGAAAGGCAAAGGCCUCUAGAUUACACUUAUUUUACCAAAAUAAAAUGUGAUCAUGACUUGAUUUUUAAUUAUUUAAUUAAGCUUUAAUUAGGCUUCCAUGAGCUUGGAUGCAUCCAAACAUCUCUGACCCAAAUAACUUAUUGAUAGAUUCAUUUGGAAUGGCAAAGAAAGCGUUCUUGCAGGACUCCCAGAGUUCACCAAGAUACAUUAGAUUCAUCUUCAAUGUCUCCCCCAUCUUACCCCAGACAUGCUCAAUAAUGUUCAUGUAUGGUGACUGGGCUGGCCAAUCCUGGAGCACCUUGACCUUCAUUGCUUUCAGAAACUUUGAUGUGGAGGCUGAAGUAUGAGAAGCAGCUCUAUUCUUCCAGAAUUCACCCUCUCCUGUGGUUUGUAUUAUAACAGGCAGCACAAAUGUCUUGACAUCUCAGUUGAGAUGUUGAUGUUGCCAUCCACUCUGCAGAUCUGUCGCAUGUCCCCAUACUGAAUGUAACCCCAAACCAUGGUUUUUCCUUCAUCAAGCUUCUUUCUGUUAGCAUCUUGGCUCUAUGCGGGGUCCAAUAGGUCUUCUGCAGCAUUUGUGAUGAUUAAGAUGGCAGUUCAACCGAUGAUUCAUCUGAAAAAUCGACCUUCUGCCACUUUUCCAAGUGAUCAACUAUAAGUUAUUAUUUGUUGCUUUUACAACUGUGAUCGACGACAAGACUUUUGUGAGGUAGGGUAGUGUAUACAGUAUACUAAAAAAGAGGGUCAAAUCAGGACACAAGUACAUGGCGUCUGUUUGUAACUUAAAACGUAAUUCUACGUUAAAUAGGACUUCAGUUGUUUUAAAUAGGAAAUUGCAGUUGACCUGCAACGUUUAUAUUUAGUUGAUAUUUGCUCAGCGCAACUUUGAUAGGAUCAUUUACGUUCGGUCAGUGGCAUUACAGGGUAUAAGAGAUGUUCGUUUGUUAAUAUAUGCACUGUAUAUAAGUCUAAACUGUUAACUCCAGUUACGAAUAAAGCCUUUGUAUUAUAGAACGCUUAUACGAUUAUUAUCGGACAACACAUUUAUUUGUGCAUAGAGCACCAUAAAUACAACUUUGUGAAUUAUUCUGUUAAGUAAACGCCUUUACACGUUAAGUGCUGUUGUACUCUAUGGAAGGUGCAAUAUUGUAUUUAUUUUGAUACAUUUCUUCUCGACGAAGCUUUAUUAUGUGAGGUUUUCCAUGGAAAACUACAACAACAAAAAAAGAGACACACUCCUCUUCUUUGGUUUUGGAUUAAGGUGGACUUGGGGUCAAACAAAUCAUGUUCUCUCCAAAAUUCAUAACUCUUCCAUAAGCAAAUUGUUGAUCCUGUCUUAACCGUGCUUCCAGGAUAAUUUGCUAGACGGCUGGAUGUUUUCUCACACGACUAUAAAAACUGUUGUGCCUUUUUUUUUGCUUCUUUCCAUAAAAUGGAACAUUUCUAUACACGUAUAGCCAACCCAACCAACAGUACACAUGGGACUCAUAAUAACACUGGAUUUCAGUUUAUGUUAUAUUAUAAUGUUCCUCCUGAGGGUGUUCGAUAACAUCAAAGUAGUAGUUGAUAUAUAUACAGAGAGAAAGAGGAAAAGAUGUGGCGUUCCCAAGAAAUGCGAUUCUAGCCACAGUUUACCUGAAGUGAGAAUUCAAACCGAUAUGGAGAGCAGAUUGGGGUUUUUUGGGGUGGAACCGCACAGGAUAUUUUCUUAAAAAUGGAAAAUAGACAUGUGAAGAGUUCGGUUAGAGUUUAGUCAUAAUUAUAAAAAAAAAAAAACUGACAGUAUUCAUGUAUCAUUAUAAGAUUACACUAGUGGUUCUCAACAAGUUUUGGCUCCAGAUUCCAAAAUCACAUGGCGCCAAAUAAAAUGCUAUUAAAAUUGAUUCAUAUUAUCGUAAAGUACAUAGAAAAUUUAGUAUUUUUAUAAAGACACAAACCCUUAAAUUGUGAUUUACACUUUUUAGCUUGUACCGUUUGGUUUUUAAACGUCAAGUUGAGAGUUGUGAUGGUUUUAUGCUCUCGGCGGCCAAUAAUUCACCACACAAAACACACUGUGGUUGACUCAAACCAUGUUUAUUCUUGUUGUAAGUGUAUAUGUAGUUUGGCCUUCAUAUUGGCAGCUGCAAAAUAGGAGUAGCUUCCACCAAAUGAAAGGUGAACUUAAGACCACGGAGUUUGAUUGUACGCAUAAUAUUGGAUGUCCAAAAUUAAACAUUUUAGGCAAGUUGAUUUAUGUUUCUGUGCUAACUUUCGUUGAGAACCACUGGUCAUGAAGGCACAACAGUGCACUGCAAAAUAUUGUUUUUCUUACUCUUCUUGUUUCUAGUCCAAAUAUCUAAAUAAUAUUACAUAUCGUUUUUGUUUUACAGAAAUAAAUUGUCAAAAUUAAAGGUGCUGUAGGUGACCUGCCAAAAUGCUAACUGUUAGCAUAAUAGCUUUGAAAACAGAAAAAUCACAAACACAGACAUUAAAAAUGACAGUAAACAACCCACUAGAUCAUAUCAUUCGUCAAUUUGAAAACUGUAUAGUACUUUAUAAUACUACAAUUCCCAAUAAAAAAACUGUAUUAUAUCUAGCAUAUUUUCACUUGUGUAGCAAGCAAAACUUGUCAUAAUGUGCAGUAUUUCAUGCAUGCAAGGCUCGCUGCUCUCACUCUGUCACAGACUUUGUCGUAAAGCGACUAUGCUUAGCCAUACUUACAUGCUAUUUCAGACCAAAUAUUAAGAGUAGCAUUGCAGACAAUAUAGAGAGCGCAUCACAGGUUGUCCUGUUCGAAAAAUGAACCAAUGUAAAUAUAAAACCAAGUUCACCUCAGUAAAGCAGGCUAGGUUUUGUAGAUAAACUAAAUAAAAUCUACAUUAUCGAUGCUGUAAAAGGUCUCUUACGAUAUUGAAAAUAGUCACAUCAAGCUUUCGCCGGAUGAUUUCAGUGGCUGAACGACACUUCAGUGCACAUAACCUAUUUGCACUGAUUUAGCCUAUUUAGCCUGACUAAAAUAGUUUUGAAACAGAACAUUACCUGUCUAACAGAAAUACUUCAGCAUGGUGUUGUACUUCCUAAAGCAAUAUUGAUUCGGGACUUUAAAAGUUUUGAUUUAGCAUUUGUUUUUACUUCUGUCAUUUUCUCUCUCUGAUGUGCACAUGCAAACGGCAGAUCUGUCUGCGUGAACAGGGGUGUGCAGAUGUACAAAUCUACAUUUGUUGACACAGUGUGGGCUACUUUUACAAAGACAAAUUUAAUUGGAUGAACAUUUUUAGUCUUAUGCUUUACCCAGAAUAUAAAAAUGCAUAAAUACAUUUAGAUCAUUUUCUUUAAUCAUUACUGUUAGAAUUUGAAGAGAUUUUCAACCUGCACAACAAAAAAUGCUUCUGAAGACAAUCACCUACUGCACCUUUAUUUGACUUUUUUUCUCUACUAAUGUGCUAACUAAAAUAUUCCAUUUUUUUUUAUUUGAAAUAAGAUUGUUUUACUUAACUCAGAUAAUUAAGCUUGUUUUAAAGAAAACUCACUUAAGUUUGACAUUAUUUACGACCACAAAACCAGAAUAUACAUUUGUAGAAGUUGAGAUGUAUACAUUAUCUGAAAGUUGAUUAACUAUUUAUUGAUGUAUUCCAUGUCAUGUGUCAUAUUGAACAUCUAUGAACUUGUUUUCUACUAAAAAAACAUUAAGUACUCUUCACGUUGAUUAAUUACCCAAGAUUCCAUCUUGUUUCUUUGAUUAAAUACAGAUUUUUAAAAGUUGUGGUAUUCUUUUUGAAUCACCCUGUAUUUACCAUAGAUUGAAAUUUACCAAAUAUCUUCAUGGAACAUGAUGUUUCCGUAAUAUUUAAAAAAAAAAAAAAAUUUAGUGUAAAAGAAGAAUCGAAUCCUUUUCACCUAUUGCCGAAUUUAUCCUCAUGCAACAUAAGACUGGUUUUGUGGUCCAAGUUCACAUUUCAUUCAUUCAUUCAUUUUCCUUCGACUUAGUCUCUAUUUCAAAGGUCGCCACAGCGUAAUGAACCAGUAACUAUUCCAGCAUAUGUUUUACACAGCGGAUGCCCUUCCAGCCACAGCUAAGUCUUGGGAAGCACUCAUACACUUUCAAUUACACACCAAACUCAAAUACUACGGCUAAAUAAUUAAUACAAUUCACCCAUAGCGCAUGUCUUUGGACUGUGGGGGAAACCAGAGCACCUGGAGAAAACCCAUGUGAACAUGGGAAGAACAAGCAAACCCCACACAGAAAUGCCAGGAACUCAAACUAGCAGCCUUCUUGCUGUGAGGCGACCGCUAAGCCACCAUGCUGCCCAAUGUCACAUUUCAAAACAAAAGAAUAUUUUGACUAUAAUUUUUAGAUAUCUGGACUAGAAACAAGACAAAAUCUUUAAGUAUGAGAAGCAUUGUUUUUGCAGUGUUCAGAUUAUACUGUAAGUCUGCAGCCUGCUUUUUUGUUCAACGAUCCAUGUUAUUUGUUCAUUGCGGUUUUAAUUGGCUUAAUGUCUCACUUCCCGUCUUCUCUCAGUAGCGAUGACCUACUGAGGUUUCCGUGUCUGCCUGUAGGCAUUUCAGAUUGGCUGUUUAAUCCAUCGGAAGGCCCACAUCAACUAUACGCCAACAGAACUCUGCAAACACCUCUUCAGAUCGGGAUGUUGUUAAAAGACGAACACAUCCCUUUUCCUUUUGCAUAUAUAUUUUGGCCAAUCGAAUCCUUUCAGCUGCCAUUAAGAACUCAGUUUACUGCGUUUAAAUUCAUUUCACAGACCUUUUUCUUCUGGCCUAUUCAUUUGUGAUCAGACCCAACGUCUGAUCUGACAAUCAAAUGGUGCAUUUAAAGCUAUGGUUCUGUUCGUGGUUUCAUGAUAUGAUAUCGCAAAGUAUGUGCACGUACCUCCACGCAUUCCAGAACAUGACUGAAUGUAGAGAUAUGCAUUUUUGACUAACCGCAUUAUUAAGUAAUUCCCCAAACUACUGUAGCUAGAAUCAUUACCAAAGACACAGGAUUACUUCAAUUAAACACUCCCUGCAUCUGUUUAAAGGGAUAGUUCGCUCAAAAAGGAUAAUUUACUUACUGUUUUCACAAGUAUAAUGAACAAACACACACACACACACACAAAAAAAAAACGAAUCGUUGACUUCCAUAGAAAAAAAAUAUAUUUUGGAAGUCGGUGGUUACAGAUUUUUAGCUUGCUGCAAAAUACCCAGCUGCCAAACAACAUCAUAUGAUUGAUCUUAAGUUCUGUUUUGGUUGCGACGUCAGCUGACCAAAAAUUAAGGUCAAUUUGCUGACAUCUAAAGGCUGGUUUAUACUUCUGCGUCGAGUGAUCAGCGUGACCCACGGCGCCAGCCUUGCACGUAGUCGUGCAUUUAUACUUCUGCAGGCUGUUUGUGUUGCUCUGCAAUAGCACUUCCGAAACGCUAGCUGGCAGUAGGUUUUUUUAAUGUUCCCCUGUGUCGAAUUUCUUGUCUGGUGUUUUGUUUUUUCUGAAAGCUACCUUAAUGUGCUAGUAGCUAAAACUUGCUUAUUCGGAGGUGGAAUUGGCGGACGUGCAAGAACUUUAAUCAUAAGGUAAACACAAAACAAAAGUUUCUAUCUGGAGCUCCUUCACGGGAAUCGACACUUGUAAACACUUGAUCCAUUGGGCUAGCGGCUUUCAGCACUGCCCAUGCUUGUCUCUGGUACCAAACCAAUCAAUCACAGAGCUUGCGCUAGACAUAGCGAGGUAUAUGCAACCGCGCGAAGGCUGCGCCAGACCAUAUGCAUGCACUUGAUGCAGAAGUAUAAAUCAGCCCUAAUACCGACGUCAGCUGGCAUUGAUUUUUGGUUGCUUUUAGGCUGUGACAUUAACUAACCAAAAUCCAACAUCAGUAGAUAUUUAUCUUUGGUUGGUUUUACGUUAUGUAAUCAUCUUGACGUUGGAGUCCGACCUCUAACUGACGAUGGGUUCUGACAUCAACAUGAUUUUCAUAUACAACCAAAAUUUAAAGUUAGUUCUAUGUUGGAGUCCAACAUCAAUAUUACGUCUAUGUGAGAUCUGGUGGCUGCUGGGUAUCUUCUUUUGUGUUCAACAGAAGAUAGAAAGUCAAACAGGUUUGGAUCAAGUGAAGAGUGAGUAAAUGGCUGUUUCUAUCCAAAGAUGUGAAUUAGAUUAAAUCGCAAAACUGGAACAUCUCAUAAAGCGCCGUUUCCAUCCAAAUAAGUCACUUCCUGAUAAACUGGCUCAAAUAACAAAAAGAAAAUUAGAAUUUUCUGCAUCAAGGGAAGCCACUGCGGGCCUUUUUCAUUUACAGUAAAUUACUUCCGUCUCAGAAGACAAAAUGUAAUGAACGCACAGCGGCUUUUAGAGGCGUGAGAUGCUCAAGAAAGUUCUGGAGGUAUUAAUACCAAACCACUUUGAUGACAGACUUUGGCUGAUGUAUUUAAUAAUAAACAAAACAACAUUUUAGAUGCUUUAUAAUGUGGUCGGUCCGCUGGUUUGUCCAUUAAUACCAUCCAAUCGGACCUAUUUUUGUUAUCACAUCUGUUAAAACAAAAAUCACAUUACUUUUUUGGAAUAUUAAUGCAUUCUUUGAUGCACAUUUUCUGAAUUAAUGCACAUCUUGGCAUUUCCGUUAAGCGUUUUUUAUACGAUGUUCUAAAAUGUUCAUAAAAAUAGGCGAAUGGAAACAUCGCUAAUUACAGAAUUUUCAGUUUUUGGUGAACUAUCCCUUUAAUUGGCCUUACAUGAUCUCCGUUUGACAGCUGCAACAGAUGGAAUUUGCUUAUGGUGCCUCUGUAUAGUUUGUUUGUUGACAUCAGACUCAAGUCACACAAGUGCAGUCUUCCUCCCAUGCCACAUAUAUGAGUAUAAAUACAUGCGCACAUGAACCUCAGUUCUCAAACCAACCACGUAAGUGUUUUUCAUUGGAUCGUGAGUAGACUGGUUUCUUGACGACGGUGAACGUAAAGCUGUAAAACUGCCUGUUUUUUCCACAAUAAAUUUGUAGAGCAAGGUGACAUAUCUUUGACAUGAUUUCUAUCCAUUUAGGAGAAGUGCGACGCGAGUUUCAUUUGUUUACAUUGUGUUUACGAUUGGCACAGUUUCAUUUUUAAGACUACAUGUAUAGCUAUAUUUACAAAUACUUGCAUAUUUAUUAAGGUUAAACAACUGAUGUGUAUGUGUUUUCACUAUUGGGAUAUAAUGUUACGGUAGUCACUUGUAUUGAUAUCUGGAUGAUUUUGCUAAGUAGUAGGUAAUUUUUAUGACUACUAAGUGACUGUUUUCUGUGCCUUUUUAUCGUAGAUGCAUGGUUAACUAUUUAUUACAAUAUGGAGGUCACUGAGAUGUGUAUUUUUGUAUCCUGAUUAAAUAAGUGUUUCGAUUUUGAUGUACAUUUUGAGGUGGUCAGACGCUACCAGUUGAUAUCUUCCUUCUUCAAUAAAACUGAAUGCAUACACGGUAAA